CGUCCAGCAGCUGAUCGGUAAUCCAGAAGAAGUUACCCCUCAGUUAGCGGGGAGCUACACUUUGAAGCAGGAGACUCCACAACCACCCUGCAUUAAAAAGGAAGAGGAGGAACUCUGCAUCACUCAGGAGGGAGAGUGUCUUCUAGGACGAGAGAAAGCUGAUUACACCAAGUUUCCACUGAGUAUUCUCUCUGUGAAGACUGAAGAUGAUGAAGAGAAACCACAAGUAGACAACCUCUUAGCUCCACUAUCAGAUAGUGAGGCUGAAGACGAGGUUGAAGAACCUUUGAGCAGCGAUAAAGACUGUGAAGGUGAUAUGAGGACUCACACUGACAACAAACACUCUGAAUGCUCUACAAAGAAGAGAGGUAAAACAUGUUUGAGCUGCUCAGUUUGUGCUGAAAGUUUUACUCAAAAGAGCAGUUUGACUCGACACAUGAGAACACACACAGGUGAAAAACCAUUCAGUUGUUCAGUUUGUGCCAAAAGCUUUUCUCGAAAAUGUGGUUUGACUGAACACAUGAGAACACACACAGGAGAAAAAACAUUUAAUUGUUCAGUUUGUGGCAAAAACUUUUCUCAAAAUAGCUGUUUGACUCGACACAUGAGAACACACGCAGGAGAAAAACCAUGUACUUGUUCAGUUUGUGGCAAAGGCUUUUCUCAAAAUAGCUAUUUGACUCUACACAUGAGAACACACACAGGUGAAAAACCAUUUAAUUGUUCAGUUUGUGGCAAAAGCUUUUCUCAAAAUAACUAUUUGUCUAAACACAUGAGAACACACACAGGUGAAAAACCAUUUAAUUGUUCAGUUUGUGGCAUAAGCUUUUCUCAAAAUAGCUGUUUGACUCGACACAUGAGAACACACGCAGGAGAAAAACCAUGUACUUGUUCAGUUUGUGGCAAAGGCUUUUCUCAAAAUAGCUAUUUGACUCUACACAUGAGAACACACACAGGUGAAAAACCAUUUAAUUGUUCAGUUUGUGGCGAAAGCUUUUCUCAAAAUAACUAUUUGUCUAAACACAUGAGAACACACACAGGUGAAAAACCAUUUAAUUGUUCAGUUUGUGGCAUAAGCUUUUCUCAAAAUAGCUGUUUGACUCGACACAUGAGAACACACGCAGGAGAAAAACCAUGUACUUGUUCAGUUUGUGGCAAAGGCUUUUCUCAAAAUAGCUAUUUGACUAAACACAUGAGAACACACACAGGUGAAAAACCAUUUAGUUGUUCAGUUUGUGGCAACAGCUUUUCUCAAAAUAGCAAUCUGACUCAACACAUGAGAACACACACUGGACAAAAAUCAUUUAGUUGUUCAGUGUGCUGUAAAAGUUUUACUCUAAAGAGCAGUUUGACUCGACACAUGAGAACACACACAGGUGAAAAACCAUUCAGUUGUUCAGUUUGUGCCAAAAGCUUUUCUCAAAAAUGUGGUUUGACUCAACACAUGAGAACACACACAGGAGAAAAACCAUUUAAUUGUUCAGUUUGUGGCAAAAGCUUUUCUCAAAAUAUCAAUCUGACUGUACACAUGAGAACACACACAGGAAAAAAAACAUGUACCGGUAAUCGUUCAGUUUGUGGCAAAAGCUUUUCUCGAAAUAGCAUUUUGACUGAACACAUGAGAACACACACAGGAGAAAAACCAUAUAAGUGUUCAGUGUGUGACAAAAGCUUUUGUGUUAAGACCAAUUUGACUAAACACAUGAGAACACACACAGGUGAAAAACCAUUUAAUUGUUCAGUUUGUGGCAAAAGCUUUUCUGAAAAUAGCUAUUUGACUAAACACAUGAGAACACACACAGGUGAAAAACCAUUUAUUUGUUUAGUUUGCGGCAUAAGCUUUUCUCAAAAUAGCUAUAUGACUAAACACAUGAGAACACACACAGGAGAAAAACCAUGUACUUGUUCAGUUUGUGGCAAAGGCUUUUCUCAAAAUAGCGAUAUGACUAAACACAUGAGAACACACACAGGUGAAAAACCAUAUAAUUGUUCAGUUUGUGGCAACAGCUUUUCUCAAAAUAGCAAUCUGACUCAACACAUGAGAACACACACAGGAGAAAAAUCAUGUAAUUGUUCAGUUUGUGGCAAAAGCUUUUCUGUUAAGAGUAAUUUAACUGAACACAUGAGAACACACACAGGUGUAAAACCAUAUAAGUGUUCAGUUUGUGGCAAAAGCUUUUCUGUUAAGUGCAAAUUGACUCAACACAUGAGAACACACACUGGAGAAAAACCAUUAAGUUGUUCAGUGUGCUGUAAAAGGUUCCAACAUAAUGCAGACGCAGUAAAACACAUGAGAACACACAAGGGAAAAUAACCAAUUAGUUGUUUAGUUUGUGGUAUGUGGCUCAUAUGUGGCGACAUCCACCCUACCCAGGACCUCCUCACUGCUUCUUUCACAAAUAUCUGAGGUAUUCAUACAAACUUGGAUUAUUUGAAGCAUAAUCUUAUCUACUCAUGACCCUGUGUCUUCUCUGUAUCUGAAACCUUCCUGAACAGUAAGAUAGAUGAUGCUUCAAGUGCUUGGUUACUCCUUCUUCAGUCCAGGGACCUGGGGCCUCAUGUGUCAAGUUUGUACACGCUCAAAAACCUGCACUACACCCUUUUUCACUGCAAAAUUGAGAUGUAUCAAAACUGACUAACGCAUAAGUGAUGCUGGGUAACUGUUUGCAUAACAAAUUGCCAACUUUUACUCUUCAGACUGAUUGAUGUGCAAAUCAGAGACAUAUGAACAAUUAACCCCCAACACCCACAACCCAACCCCCACCUCCCUCGACAUGGUCCUGGUGGAGAUCUACACUCUUAGUGCUUUUCUUCUUUAUUCAGAGUAAUGAUUUGACUUUCUAAAGGUUUUGAACUACUAAGUGGGUUGAAAAAUAUGUAUGUGUUUCUUGUAGUAUUUAAAAUGUAGAAUUGUUUUUCUUCAAUGUUUGCCCUUUUUCUGGUUUGAACAACAGCCAUGGAAAAAGUCUGUGCACAUGCUUGUAUAUAUACAUUUUUUAUUUUCAAACAGUAGUUGUCCGUUUUUUGAUGUUAGAUACUU